UGAAUUAUUUUAUUUUAUACGAUAUUUAAACGAUAGAUUUUUACGUGAUAACUUUAUUACACGUAAUUUUUAAAUUAGGGAAAUUUCUUGUCGGUUAGGGAAUUUUUGUCAGUUUUCGUCGGCGAGGGAUGCAUUCGUCGUUCGCUCCUCACGUUCAGAAGUUUGUGGAAGAAAUCAUCAGAAAUGGAAAGAUCGGAAUAUCUGCAGGGAAUAUUGCGGUUAUACAUCCGAAAUCUGGAUGUAGUAAUUUUGAGAAGAAACCACUCUGCGAUAGAUUCAAGAUAGUCAUUCCUUACGGUGGACAAUCUGUAACAUGGGAAAUAUUGUUUCACGCUCUUUACCCAGAUUUACCUCCAGAUUUCAUAUUUGAUGACGGGAAUUUUAAACCAGAUAUAAACGAUAUCGAGUCUCUGUGUAAUUGGAAUCCUGACGAUCCCACGUCACUCAUCCAAGUCAUACAGCAAUUGCUGGAGAAAUAUCGAUGGCAAGAGGUUAUGCUGUUGGAAGAUUACUCGAGAUUACAGUUCGAAUAUUCUUCUCUCAUUCACCAAGCUGGAUUUUCGGAUUCGGACGUAGAAGUGUUAUUGAAUCGUAAAAACAGAAAUGGUCCAGUUAACUUUCUAAUUAGAUUGCCAAUUGAUUUUUCAAAACUUCCACCUUUUCUCACAAAAGACAAUCCGGGCGACGAUUCUGCCGUUCUCUUGGUAACUUUCCAGACACCCGACGGAAGUCGAAUUACUCCGCAAUUAUACUUAUCACCAAGAGUCGAACAAGCUCUCGGUGGUAAUGCAGCAUUACGCAUUCCUAGCUUUUCCAGUGCUGGAUGUUUAAUGGAUUACGUGCCUUUAGUUCGUCAGUUAUUAAGUAACAAAAUAGAACAAAUUGUAGUGGGUUUUGAAAAACGUAAGGAGUAUGUGGCUGCUUUUUUAAGUCAUUAUGGAAGGAGUAUUGUCGAAUAUGAGGCAGAAUCUUUUUCCAAGUUAUCUUUAAUGUUUGAAUGGAAUGACUUUUAUUUUCUGUUACACAUUAAUAUACCUUUAUACUUUCCACAAGACAAGCCAUCAUUUAUGUUUCAGUCCAUCUACCAUGCUAAUAUAGGAAGGCCGUACAGCGUCAUCUGCAACGAUUAUCCAUACAGUCCGAGAUGGUCGGGAAACGAAAUGGCCGAGCGAGCACAAUCGUUUUUACUCGACUACGUUCCAAAAUUUCAAAGAAGUUCUAUUGAAAACAAGUCGUAAUUAUUGCCAAAAUAUUUAUAUAAGGCCAGCAAACGUUUAAAAUACUUCGGUAAGAUUUAUAAAAAGAAAUUUAUGUAUUAAUAUUUAUAAAUUUGGUAUGUUAUAUAUUUAUAAGAUCAUUUUAAAAUCAGUCUUAUGAUAAAAUUCAAAGUUAAUUUCUGUAACAUCCGAAUCUAACUGCAGAUUUUAUUAUUUGUAAUAUUUUUCUGUAUCACCAGUUUUAUAACAUUGUUACAUCAGAAUGUAAAUUGUUUUUUAAAACUAAGCUGUACAGUAAUUAAUUAUAGCAGUUAAUAAAAACUAAAUACACGGUAAUUAAUUAAUACCACACAAAUUCUAGUGUUUAGAUAAUACAUAUUUCUGCUUUAAUUCUAUACACUAGGUAAUUUUGAUUCAAAAGAUAAAAUACGGUACUGAUAUUACUCACGGGGUGAUGGAGAAUAUAUAGAGAAGACAAAAUCUUAGGGCUCCUUAUAUUAUCAAGAAUUACUUGAUCAUUGCUAAUUUAUCAAGUGAAUUGUUAGCAUUAAGCAUCUCAGAUGGUUUCAAGUUAAAGAUUACAGAAAGUAAAUUUAGUCAUUCCGACUUGUUCUUGGUUAUUUUAUUGUGCAAAAAUAUUAAUAUAAUACUAAUACUAUUAUAAUAUAAUAUUAAUAUAAAUUAUAAUACUAAAUGAUGGAUAUAUAAGAAUAGUCUUUAAUAUUUACACUAUUUUCAAAUGAAAUGAGAAGUAAAUUUUUACGGAAUAUAAUGUAAAAAGAUACAAGGUGUAGACAAAAACGUUGCAUCGAGUUAUAUCUUUCUUGUCUAUGUAUUAGCUAAAUACACGUGCACAAGACUAUAGGUAAUUGGUAGUGGGCUAUUCGACGAUAUAGUUGCAUUCCCGACACUCUUCUCAUGGGGCCAAAACCCAUUGGCUCCUACGAAAGUAGUGGAACAAUUUAAAUUACAAAGUUGUAGAGCAUCUCAAAAUUAGUGAAAAAAAAGAGUGGUGAAACUGAGGAUUCUCUGUAUGGCUUCCUGUACUAAAGCCCAUGCACUUGUAUUUGCUUAAUACAUAGCUGAAGCAAAAUGUAACCUGAUGUAAUAUUUUUAUCUGCAUCCUGUAUACUUUAAUGAAAUAAUUCUAUUCUUAGAAAUAAUAAUCUAUUAACUAAAGAUGUAGCAAGAGAUGCAAGAAUCAAUUUAUGAACUCUGUGGGUUAACUUUUGAUUCCAAAUCAUAGAAUAAUGAUCAGUUUUAUCUCUUAUGUGUAAAAUUGAUCUGUAGAGCUCAUAGAUAACUCUUACAGAUGAUAGGAUCACUUACACAAUGAAGAAAAGAGAACACUACCAUGAGCAAAUCAUGAAUUAUAACUUCAUAUAACAGACGUGUUAUAGCAUGGAGAGACAGAAUAUUUA